GAGAGAGAGAGAGUGAGAGAGAGAGACGGAGAAAAGAACGGGGAGAGCUCGAGUCGAGGGGGCCGCUGAAUAAGAAAGAGGCAGCGCCGGGGCUAACGUCCGCGACGUCUCGCCUCGUCUCCGACUGCACCGCUUGUAAAAAGUCGUCGAGGCGCGGUGUGGAGAGCCCAAGAAAGAUGUGAAAUGCUGAGCGUGGACGAGGGGCAAGAGGAGACGCGAUCCCCUCGCGAUACAACGACCGAGAGCCUUCCGGAUGCGAGAAUCGGCGCGCUGCCCUGGGAACACCUGGACCUCGCCACUCCUAAAUAUGAAGCACAUGCCGGUGGAGUAUUGUGGCUGCACUGCGAUGGACCGCAGGUGCGCCGCGCCCAUGAUGCCGUGGAUCAUCAACGAGAUAAAGAAGAAGAACGUGCCGCAGAAGGUGAAUCUACUUGUAGCAUCCGGUUUUAUUUCGGCAUACGUGACGAACAAGGAGAAACCAUUACUCAAGCACUCUUUGAGAAGUACCCUUAAGCCUCAAAUAGCACCGCCGAGCUCACAGGACUCUAAGGGCGGAACUUUCCUCUACAUGAUCAAAGGAGACGAAGGCCUCUACGACUAUCAUCUGUUCAAGGCCAAGGACGCCGAAGCGGUACAAGAAUUAUUCGGGGCAAUGAAGGAACAGUCUUCCUCGUCGAGAACUGAGAGAGAUAGGGAACUUCCACAAAGAUCCCUUAGCAGUGCUACGGCACUUACGUCAAUUGGCGCCGAUAUAUCCCCGAGCUCUUCGCAAUUUUUUGAGGUACUGUACGUUGGCAAAACAAAGAUCGCUCAUUUAAAAGUACUCGAAACAUUCAUUGACGAUGUACUCGUGAAAUUUCGGAAUCAUGGACUCGAAAAAUCCAAGUCAACAAUUAGCAAUUUACUCACCGAUGGUCAUCAGCUUAAGCAACAAUCCAAUACUUCCAAUAACUUCACAAAUAUUCGAAGAGACAGCGUGGACUCGAACGCGAGCGAAUUGGGGAGCGUGGAAAGCGUGGCCUCGCCGACGAGUCCGCUGGGCGGCUCGGUCGAGUCCUUCGCUAGCCAGGGUGUGACCACGGAGAGCUCGGGUCUCCUGCUGCCGAAGAGGCCGGGCGCGGUACUACCCCCGGAGACGACGAUGCGUAACAGGGCGGCAUCCACGGGUAGUGUCAUGAUGUCCAGGCGUGACUCGUCCGUCAAGGAGAACGAGGACCUUAAUCGCACGAUGCUCUUCCAGGUGGGACGAUUGGACCUUCGACUUAUCAGUCCAGAUAGGAAAAAAGUCUUAUUACAUAAACAACUACGAGAUGUAGCGAGUUGUGUACACGGGAUAAAAAAUCCCGAACAUUUUGGCUUCAUUUGUCGGGAAAAUGGUGUCGAUCGUUUUGUUGGAUACAUUUUCAAGUGUCAAUCAGAUUCUGUUGCUGACGAUCUCGUUGCAGCAAUAACACAAGCAUUCGAGGAAUCGUACGUUGGACCUGGAAGAAAAGAGAGGCCGGUAUUUUCUUGCGAGCAUUGCCCAAUGGUUUGGUUCAGCAAAUUAUACCAAGAAAUCGAAGGACAAAGUGAUCGCAAGACGCAGAGUAUAAUCUUCUCACGACUGGAAAUGCUGCCGGAAAAUGAACAAGAAGUCGUCGUGACGAAAUACAAAGGCGCCGAAGCGGCAAACGGUACUGGCACGGGCAUGAAUCUCGCCGAUCAGAAUCAUUUUUUAAUGAUGCUCCUGCGAGCGCAUUGCGAGGACAAGCAGACGCGUCACGUUCACGAUACCGCAGAGAAUAGGAGCGAGUUUCUCAACCAGUACCUCAACGUCGGGGUGGGCAGUACGAUCUUCAUGAAAGCGAAGCGAUCGCUAACCAACAGCUUCGACCAUCUCAUGAAGCGCAAGGGCUCCAAGGACGACUUUGGCCUCGGCUCGCAGAAUCAACUCAACGCGAAUUACAACAAGACGGGAGUGCAGAGUCCUGUCGGCUCCGGCAUGCUGCCUAUCGCCGACACGUCACCGGAUAGUAGACCGAGGUCCCUUAGGGUCUCCCCGGAGCAACAAAUCAGCAUUAACACGACCAGCCCGAAGAGUCCCAUGAUGGAUAUCUUCUUAAAAGUUGGAAAUUCGCCAAAAAUGUCGCCAACCGAGAGCGGCGAAGCCAACAAUAGACUGCAACAAAGUGGCUCCUGGAGACAAGCGAUUCUCAAUCGCGUCGUAACGCCCAGCAAGGAUCAGGAUAACAAGGAAGCUGCUAAAAACGCCAAUUUAAACGCCAAAAAGACCAAAUUGAUACCAAUUAUAAAGAGAACGAAAGAUGAGCUACGAGCAUUGUGGAAGAAAGCAAUCAAUCAACAAUUAAUUCUCAUUAGGAUGGAAAAGGAAAAUGCUAGACUGAGAGUGAGUCAAGAAGAGGCUACGGUCAAGAGAAUAAAAUUGGAAUACGAUGAAUUGAGCAGCUGUAAUCGACAGCUCGUCGAAGUAUGGGAUUUACUAGUCAGCAAGGAGUCCAAGGUUUCGACAAAGUGCGAUAAUCAAAUGCUUCUUCAAGCGAUUAAGCAAGGUGUGCCUCGGGGAAAGCGAGGCGAGGUCUGGCAGUUUUUGGCCGAGCAAUUCUGCAUGAAGCAGCCCCCCCUGGAUGCCCAAGCUUUUCCAAAUUACAACACCCCAUACGACCUUCUGCUGAAGCAAUUGACAUCUCAGCAGCAUGCCAUUCUCAUUGAUCUCGGACGUACGUUCCCGAACCAUCCCUAUUUCAGCUCACCCCUGGGUCCCGGGCAAUUGGCGCUUUUCAAUUUACUCAAGGCUUAUUCGCUUCUUGAUCAUGAAGUCGGCUACUGCCAGGGACUAAGUUUCGUCGCUGGAGUUCUUCUUUUGCACAUGUCCGAAGAUCAGGCGUUCUUCCUUCUACGACAUCUAAUGUUCCAUCGAGGCCUGAGAAAACUAUAUUUACCGGACAUGGCAGCUCUGCAACUCCAUCUUUACCAAUUAUCGAGAUUACUUCAUGAUAGGCUUCCAUCCGUUUAUAAUCAUUUUGACAAACACGAAGUCUCGCCUACGUUAUACGCAGCCCCUUGGCUUUUAACUUUAUUUGCCAGUCAAUUUCCACUUGGCUUUGUAACCAGAGUCUUCGAUUUAUUGUUCCUUGAAUCGUCGGAGCAAAUAUUCCGUGUUGCGCUUGCUCUAUUAGAAGAGCAUCAAGAUCAAUUAUUAUGCUGCGAUAGUUUUGAAGAAAUUAUGGAAUAUCUAAAGAUAAAGGUACCGGCAGUGGAUAAAGUAACUUUAGAACGAGUCAUGAAACGGGUAUUUUAUCCGGAUACGGAAAUGGCGAGGCAAUUGAAUGAAUAUCGCGUCGAGUACCAAGUACUUCAAGAAGAAAUGCUUUCGGUGAAGCCGCAAAUAGAAAAUAUCGAGAAGCUUGAGCUACUUAAUAAGCAACUAACGCAACAAAAUGCUUACCUUAAUGAACAAUUGCAGUUGGCAAUGGGGAAACAACAUCGACUGGAGCUGACUCGCUCGCAUCAGCAAUCCAACAUUCAGCGUCUGGAGUUGAAUAACCGUAAUCUCGAGGUUACGAUUUUCACGAUGGGUACGUUCAUCCAGCAGUUGGCCGACUCGCGGGCCGACAUUGAUAUACCCGGUGAUGUGCGCCGUAUCGUCGCGCAGCUUUCCGUCGCGGAGAGGCGGCGCAAUAACAACAGCGGCACCUCCCGCAUCAUCGAGGAUAACAACAAUAAGUACGAGGCGAGAAAGAGCCUAAGCGCGAACAAGGAUGCGCGUCUAAUGAAGACCCAGAGCAUGAUCGAGACGCCGUACCCACUCAAGUCGGCCCUCAGCCAGCCGAAUCUCGGUACAAAGCUCGAGAAGGUCUCCUCCUUCUUCGCCAUAUCGCACAACCACAUAAAACAUCAGCGCGGACAAAUGGCGGCUAUUAGCGGCGAGGACGGGAUCAACGAGGCCGUGGACAAUAGCGAGGCCAACGACGAGAACGACUCCAAGUCUGUGAACAUCGAUAUACAGAUGACGGGCUCGGCGGGCACCGGGAACACGGUAAACGUCGGGCAGAAGGAUAAUGCCUUGAAGUACGAAGCGCUCGAUGACUUGGAGAAAUCGGUUUCCUUACCGAGGAACACUAAGCUUCACCUCAAGUCGUCUAAAUCGGCUUACGAACUGGGCAGCAUAAGGAAAAUCCCAACGACAAAGUUGGAAGAUACGAAUUCCGAAUCAAUAACGAAUUUGUCCGGGACUAUACAUCCUUUGGAUACAUGCAGUGACGUAAAUUUUAAAUAUGGUGGUACAACGAAGCUCAAGUCUAUAAAACCUAUUCGCGCAGGCAGCGGACAGAUUGACCAGAGCGACAACAUUAAUAAAGAAAUCCAACAAAAUCCUCAAAUACUAAGUAGAUAGCAACUGCUUUUAGUCAAGAUACUUAAGCGAAGCUUAUAAAAUAAAGAAAGAGAGAGAGAGAGAGA